GGGGAUUGCAGCCUCUGGAAGGUACAGCGGAGCGGGGACCCUGGCCCCCCAGCCAUCUCUCCCCAGCCCAGCACUGUGGCUGAGGUGCAGGGUCUCAGUGAGGGAGGGGGGCAGGCGGUCUGGCCAGCUGCAUGGCCUAGCCCCGGGCAGCGGGAACAGAGCCAGGGCCUUCCAAGGCCGAGCAGCCCCCGGCACAAGGCUCCCAGCCCUGACCUGAGGCCAGCCAGAGCAGAGCCACCAGGAGCCAGGACUAGCCCCCAGCAAGGGGCCGUUGGGGACUCUGCUCCAGGGCUGCCACACCGGGCUGCCAAGGGCAACCGCAGGAGGAGAAAGUGGGGAGGGAGAGGCUGCCCCACCAGUGUGGAUUGGAAGGAGCCUGGGUCUCCUGGGGCAGGGGUGGGGGACGCCCCGGCUGGCACCAAAGAGGGGGGUAUCCCUGCUGGCACCGGACUCCCUGUUGUCCCCACCCCAGGAGAGGGGGACACCCCCCCGAGCACCAAAAAGGAGGGCAGCCCUUCUGGCACCAGACUGCCCAUUACCUCCACCCCAGGAGAGGGGGGUGUCCCCCCCAGCACCAAAGAAGGGGGCAGCCCCUCUGGCGCCAAACAGCCUGUUGCCACCACCCCAGGAGAAGGGGGUGUUCUCUCCAACAGCACAGAGGGGGGCAACGCCUCUGGCACCAGACUCCCCAUUACCCCCACCCCAGGAGAGGGGGGCAUCCCCCCCAGCAGCAUGGAGCCGGACAGCCCCUCUGUCACCAGACUCUCGGUUGCCCCCACCCCAAGAGAGGAGGCCACCCCCCCAAGCCAAGAGGAAGAAACUUGUGCUGACUGCCUUGGGCAGGGGGCCCUCACAGCCGCCCCGGCAGAGGCUGCAGUCCCCACCGGCGCAGAGGAAGAGGCUGCCCCCGGAUCGCUGAAGAGGACGGAGGCUGUUGGUGCUGGUGCAGCCCCCUUUGUGGAGAGUGUUUUGCCCCUCACGGGGGGUGCAGAAACCUGCUGCCCCGUGGAAUCCCUACCCCCCACCUCAGCCCCUGUGGGGCAAGAUGUAGACUGGGAGCUUUUGCGCUCAGGCAUCUUUCAACUGACAGGCGGAGUAGACCGGAUGGGAAGGGCCUUACUGACCGUCACCCCCCAACCCCCAGGGGAGCCGGCCCCAGCCCAGGGGGAACUGAGCCAGGCCUUGCGGUACCUGCAUUCGCUGCUCAGGAAGGAGCAGCAGGAGCUGGGGCUGACCGUGCUGCUGGAUCUGCGGCAAGGGGGGGCUCUGUCCCCCCACCCCCCUGCACUGCUGCCAGCCCUGCAGGAGAUGCAGGAGGCUUCACCAGCUCCUGUGAGCCGCCUGCUGGUGCUGGCCCCACUGGAGGGCCGCGAGGAGCUGCCCCUCACUCAGGAGGCACUCGUGCUCUCCCCAGGCGACCUGCCUCAGUUCGUGGACCCGGAGCAGCUGCAGUCGACUCUGGGCGGGACCCUGCAGCACUCACAGACCCAGUGGGUGGAGAUGUGCCAGGCGCUGGAGCGGCUCUGCGGGCUCUGCCAGGGCGUGAUCCAGUCGGUGCAAGUGGCCAGUGCCGAGUUGGAGGCAUCAGAAUUGGCCGAGAGUGACAAGGCACUCUCUGUGCGGAUCUCCGGGCACAAGGAUGCCAUGCAGAAGCUGCUAUCAGACCCACGGCUGCUGGAGUUGCAGAGCAGCGGGGGGUCCCUGCUGGCUCAACUGCCCCCACCAGAGACCUGCAGUGCCCAGGCCGUGAGGGCUGCCAGCUUGUAUCAGGAGGUGGACGAUGCCAUUCAUAGGCUGGUGCAGCUCAGCAAUCGGCGCCUGGGGCAGCUGGAGCAGGAGAGGGGCCGCCGGCAGAUGACACAGGCGGUGGGCUGGCUGGCUGACCGUGGGGAGCAGGCGCUGGCAGGAUUCACCCCCAUGGAGGUGUGGGAUUCGGUGUUGGCCGUGGAGGAGACGCUGGCGAAGUUUGAGGCUUUUCACACCCUCGCCAAGGAAUGGCUGGCCCGGGGGCAUGAGGCUCUGCAUCUGGUUGGUGAUGGGGACCUGGCAGCUGAGAGGCAGCAGCUGGAGAGCUUCGAGCGCCGGCUGGAGAGCUGUGCGCACACCAUGCACAAUGCCCUGCGGCUGCACCGCUUCCUGCAGCAGGCACCCACGCUGCCUCUGGGCACACUGCCUCCCUGCCAGCCUCCUGCAAAGAAUCCCCCCAGCACGCAGAGGGCACUGAGCGAGCCUGGCCCUCCCCGCCCCAGCGUCCUCAUUCGCGGGCUGGAAGUGAGCAGCCAGGAGGUAGUGGACAGGACCUGCUCGCCCCGGGAGCACGUGAUGCUGGUUCGCAGCAGCGCCCAGAGAGCCGAGGCGCCGUGGGGGGGCACGCCCAGCACUGAGCGGAAACGCUGCCUGGGCGCCCAGCAGCGGCUGGUGGCAGAGCUGAUCGCCUCGGAGCAGAAGUAUCUGGGCUGCCUGGCUGAGUUGCUGCCCCUGGAGUCGGGGUGCCAGGAGCUGCCCCCCGAGCUGAAAUGCGAGUUCAGUGCCUUGGAGGGCACCCGCGACCGGCUGCUGGGCUUCCACCGCACCUACUUCCUGAAGGAGCUGCAGGGCUGCGCCAGCCACCCCCUCCGUGCAGGGGGCUGCUUCCUGCGAUAUGCGGACCAGUUCAGUCUCUAUGCCCUCUACGUGAAGAACCGGCAGAAGCUCGAUGCAGCACUGGCCUCUCAGCAAGCUGCCAACAAGACAGCACACAGCAGCCUAGAACGUCCCUGGGAGGACACGGCGCUGGCAAGUGCCCUGCAGAGGCCCCUGGAGCAGCUGGAGCGCUAUGGGCGCUUUCUGGAGGAGCUGCUGCAGGAGACGGACCUGGAGCAGGCGCCGGAGCGCGAGGCCUUGCGGGCAGCGCAGCAGCUGCUGGAGUCCCAGGUGCAGCACGGCAGGAACCUGCUGGCCAUGGAGCAGAUCCGGGGCUGUGAGCUGGAGCUGAAGGUGCAGGGGCAGCUGCUGCACCGGGACGAGUUCACAGUGCUGCGUGGGCGCCGCAAGUGCCAUCGACACGUCUUCCUCUUCGAGCAGCUGUUGCUCCUCAGCAAGCGCAAGGGCACCGAGGGCGGCUUGGACGUCUACGUCUACAAGCAAGCCUACAAGACAGCAGAUAUGGGGCUGACGGAGAAUAUCGGGGAGAGCGGGCUGCGAUUCGAGCUCUGGUUCCGGCGUCGCAAGCUGCGUGAGGCCUACACGCUGCAGGCCUCCUCACCCGAGGUGAAGCACAAAUGGACCAGUGCCGUGGCCCAGCUGCUGUGGAGGCAGGCCACGCUCAGCAAGGAACUGCGCACACAGGAGAUGGUCUCCAUGGGCAUCGGGGACAAGCCCUUUGUCAGCAUCCAGGGCCCCAGCCAGGCCCUGCUGAGCAGCCUGCUCACAGGCAGAGCCGCCCGCACCCGUGCCUCGGUGGCUCUCUCUUCCUUCAGCCCCUGGGCCGGGGCCCCAUGCUCCCCGCCGGCUGCCACGUCGUCCCCCCGCCCCGGCCCUGCCCCCCUGGGCCUGUUCUGCGAUGCCAGCCCUGUUCCCCCUGCGGCAGGGCGCUCCCCCGGGGCCUGCUCGCUGCCAGGGCACCUGGAGGAGGAGGAGUGGGAGCUGGACGUCAAGCACAUCCCCCGCGCGUCCGAGACAGCCGCUGGCUCAGGAGCUGCUCCGGCUCUGGGGGAGCCGUCCCCCAGGGGGGCAGAGUCGCCAGGGGGCUCUGCCCCAGUGCAGCGCCGGCCGAGCUGGGUCUGGAGCCUGCACAGGAAGCUGUUUGCCUCGCAUGGCCGCGUGGGGCAGGAUCAGAGCCCUGGGGCCACCAGGAAUAGGACAGUCUGAGCCCCUGGCAGACCCCUGGCACCGCACCCCACAGGCUUUUUCCCACGGAUCCUCCCCUCCCCACCCACUGCAUGGAGAUACCAGACAACCUCCAGCCACUGCCCCACGGGUCCUCCCCUCACCCUUCAUGGGACUACUAGGGCCCUGUAGCUACCAUGCGGGCUGGGGGAUGGGUAUCAGUGGAGGGCACAGCACCACAUGGCCUGGGAGGGGAAGGACAGUGAUGAUGUGGGCAGGAAACCCAUCUGGCCUGGGUGUCAGAGCAGCGGGGCUGGCAUGGGGCUAGAGGGGCAGUGAGAGCUGCACCCUGAGUCCGGCCUGGAACUGCACCAGCACCUGAAUAGCAUGAGGACCCCCCUCUCAUGGACCCCAAGUGUGCCCACCUCUGGCCCCGCACACUCACCGAGCCCUACGCGCACGUGCAGAGCAGAGCCCCCAUGAGGAUUGCCACUCACGUGCAUACUGAUCCCUGUCUCACCCAGCUGUGCCUCCAUGUGCAACGACCCCUUAACGUGCACAUGCCCAUGCACACACUGAUCCCUGUCUCACCCAGCCUUGCCCCUAUGUGCUACGACCCCUUCACGUGCACACGCCCACACACACACACUGAUCCCUGUCUCACCCAGCCAUGCCUCCAUGUGCCACAUCCCCUUCACGUGCCCACGCACACACUGAUCCCUGCCUCACCCAGCCAUGCUGCCAUGUGCAAUGGUCCCUUCACGUGCCCACGCACACACUGAUCCCUGUCACCCAGCCGUGCCUCCACGUGCAACGACCCCUUCACGUGCACAUGCACACACUGAUCUCUGUCUCACCCAGGCGUGCCUCCAUGUGCAAU